AUGUGGUCGCCAAAAUUAUUGAAUCGACUCCCAGCUGGAAAAUUUCGUUUAUCCUUGAUUGAUAAGCCAAUGGCGGUUAGUGCCGUAAAAGCGAUUAAUAUCCCAGAUAAUGCUACGGUGAUUGAAAUAAAUUCCGGAUUUCUUACGCAUGCUCUACUUAAACACACCAACGCUAAAAGGAUAAUCGCAUUAGAUAACGAUAAAGAAUGUGUUGAGAAUCUUAUGCGAUUAGCUGAAGAAUCUUCUGGCAGAUUAGAAGUCACGCAAGCUGAGAAUAAUAUUGUUUCAAAGUUUGCAUCAAAUAAACUUGAAAUAAUCUGUUCAUGGUUACAAAAAGAAAAACUUGCUGAUACGCAAGUAUAUCCAUGGGAAGAAGUUCAUCCAUCGUUGGUUUCUAUAUUUCAUCUGCCUGAUAAGAUGAAUGGCGAUUAUUUAUUGAAUCAAAUCAUGCAAGAUUUUUAUAAUCGAUCCGGAUUUCAGGCAUAUGGACGUGUUCGAACAAAUGUGUUCAUGCCUGCGUACUUAUAUGAGAAGAAUAUGGCAAUGUUAGGUGAUAUCAAGCGAUGUAAACAAGGCGUUGUAAUGGAAUCCCUUGCAAAUAUAGAUAUUUUGAGAGUGAUUCCAGAACGUGCAUAUACUCCAAAACUUGACACCACAAGUUCAACCAAAGCUUAA